AUGGUGGCCACGAAAUGGGUGCUUCCGCUGCUGGCCAGCUUGGCUGCCGCCUCGCCGUUCGACCGCCCCUUCCUGCGCGCGCGUCAGGAGAGCCUGAACGCCUGCCUCGAGGCGGCUAAUCUGACCUACGUCGACGAGGGCUCGGCCACCUGGGAAAAGGCCAUUCAGCCGCACAAUCUGCGCGUGCCCGUCACUCCGCGCGCCAUCGUCUACCCGACGUCGGCUGAAGAGGUCCAGGCCGCUGUUCUCUGUGCCGUGCAGAGCGAGAUCAAGGUUGCUGCCAAGAGCGGUGGCCACAGCUACGCCUCCAUGGGUCUGGGCGGCCAGGACGGGUCACUCGUUAUCCAGCUCGACCGCUGGCACGAGGUCACGCUGCGCGAGGACAACACUGCCACCGUGACGGCGGGCACGCGUCUGGGCUAUGCUGCGCUGGAGCUUUUCCAGCAGGGCAAGCGAGGGUUCUCACACGGGACCUGUCCUAGCGUCGGCUCUGGUGGCCACAUUGUUCACGGUGGCUUUGGCUUCAGCUCCCACACGCACGGCCUUGCCCUGGAUGCCGUCAUUGGCGUCAAGGUCGUGCUUGCUGACGGAUCCCUGGUCUAUGCGUCAGCGACUGAAAACACGGACCUGUUCUGGGCCAUCCGCGGCGGUGGCUCGUCUUUUGGUAUCGUCACCGAGUUUGAGAUCGACACUUUCGACGUCGCCCACCAAUUCUCCUGGUUCACGAUCGAGACGAACCUCACCAGCCGAACCAAGGCAGACGCCGUCGCCGGGCUCAUGGCUUACCAGAGCAUCAUUGAGGACGGCGGCCUGGAUAAGAAGCUCAACAUGCGUCUCGGCCUGGGCGCGACGACCAACCUCGAGGUCGUCUUCCAUGGUCCCGAGGACGAGGCCCGCGAGGCGCUGGAACCCUUUAUGCUUCGGGGCUGGGCAUAUGGCGAUCCUCUCAACAUUACUGACUCGUACUCUGGGCACUACAAUUCCUACGUCUCCAGCUUGAUGACCAAGCACAUCCCCGAAGAGGCCUUUGCCGGCUUCGUCGACUACUGGUUCGACGUCGCCCUGGCCGACGGUGCGCUCCCCUGGUGGGCCCAGAUGGAUGUCCACGGCGACCCGCAGGGCGCCAUCGCCAACGCCCCGAGCGAAUUCAGCAGCUACGCGCACCGCGACAAGCUCUGGCUGUUUCAGUUCUCGACCUCCCUUUUCUUCUCUGCUCCUGGCAACGACGAGGCCGCCAUCGCCUUCACCACGGGCAUGGUGGACAGCCUCAAGGACAGCAUGGACGCCGACGACUGGGGUCGCUAUGCCAACUACGUUGACUCGGAGCUUGAGCGUGAGGUUGCGCAGGAGCAGUACUUUUCGACCAGCCUCGACCGUCUUAUGGCUGUCAAGGCGGAGUACGACCCGGACCAGUUGUUCUGGAACCCCCAGUCGAUUGACCCGGCGGAGUGA